AUUUUCGCUCAACUGUCCCACCCGUCCAGCCAUCACACGAGCCAUGGCUGCAACUGCAAACCGCCACGCCAACAGGCCCGUCGCGACGUACUCUGGGAGGUGCACUAUGGAGACUCUAAUUCGCACUCAACCGGUUUUGUGCUCGGCGAGAAUGCAAGUGACAUUCACGGAAUGGCAUUACCUCCCCGAGUUCAGCACCCCAGCUCCCAAAGGCUUCACAGACGACAUCAGGCAUCUCGCCUACCGCGCCAAGGGAAGCGCGUGGCUGCGUCGUGAGAAGUCGCAGGCGCAAUUCCGUAUCAACCGCAAUAUGGCGCCCAACGCGAAGAUCUCGUGGUUGGAGCAGAUGUUCAUCAAUGCCGCCUUCCACGACGCUGAUGACGGCGAGGAUUUCGUCGCAGAGGCGGGAAGGUUUCUGCAGUCCAUUGCCGACUACAAGAAUUUCAACCCCAUUGCUGACGGCUGGAACGAGCUACUUCAGGCACCGAGGAGGAAGCUCGACUACCGCACGUGGCUCCUCGACUGGGCCCACUCGAUGGGCUGGGUGCUGGAGGGCGGGCCGUACACCAAAAGGGACGCUCCAAAUGCCAUGGUAGUUUUCGGCAAAAACGGCAAGCCCGUGCCUGAAGCUCUGAUCCCGCCGGCGAGGAAAGGCUGGAUUGGAGGGCCGAAUGGCAUAUCCAUGAGCAACCUCGCCCCUGCCUUGGGCCUGCGCCCCCAGACAGACACGAAAGCUGUUGUGCACACCUGUGAGUUCCGCGAAGUGGACAGCCAGGGCCGUGAGUGGCGUUGCGCGCGUAGGGGGGGGGAGGUCCCCAUCAAUCCGCGUUUGGUGAAGCAAGACUACGCCCCGCGCGGCUACUGGAACGUGGGGUUCCCGGACUCGCCGAAGCGCGAGAGGGCGACUCCGUCGAAGAAAUGUAAAAUCAUGAAAGGUAAUGCGGGUGGCUCACCCUAGCUUGGCGCGACAGCGUUCCAGCAUUGUAGUCGUGACGGCCUUCAAGGAGUAGGUGCACUCAGCACCCGGUUUUACAAGUCUGCUGGAGUCGAACGCGCCCAUGAGGAUGGGUGCUGCUGUUUCCAGGGGGGAAGGGGGGGGGGGUUGUGGGAUCUUGGGGUUGCAUAUGAAAUUGUGGUCCUAGUUGGUUGUUCUCCUAGCCGUUCUUGCUUUGAAUCCGACAAAAUCUGCUCCAUUUA